GAACUGCAGACUGCAUCUGCCUUGCAUCGCAUUUCGGGUCACAGCAAUCAAACGGAGUCGCGCGAAAGACCAAGAGAUAUAUGAAGUCAAGGCUGACGGGCUUGAUGACCUGCUGAUCACCACGAAGUACAAGUGAAUCAGUUCUCACCAUCACGACCCACUAUGCAGACAUUCUUGCUUGUUCGUCCGUGGAAUCGGUAUCUGCUCGAGCUUCCUGAGUUCGCAGAGCCGUCUGGCUUGGUAGAGCUGCCUGACAUUGAUGACGACACGGAGAGCGAGGAAGGUUAUUGGUCUGCGCCCGAGUCUCCAUUACAGAAUUCGCCUGGCGAGUUCCCUGAAGCACAGGAGUCGGUCGACUCGGAACUGAGCGAUCGAGCCUUGCGCGCGUUUUUGCUAGCGCAUCAGCGCGGCGGAGAAUACAAGAGAAUCGCCUCAGAUCAUGAUAUUAUUGCGCAAGUCAAAGACCUUUCUUCUAUUCCGGACAUGGUCAAGACGCUAGAGAUACUGUAGGG